CUCGCGCUGAGAUUCCUCUGAAUAGAAGGCUUCCCCCAGAUUCUCAUUUCCUCCUGCAUAUUGCACCCGGCCGCGCAGGAUCAGGAAAGUCGUCUUUUCAUCUCAACCUCCCUUGUUCUGUAUCCCCCACUUGCCUAUCUCGAUUGAUCGACACUCGCCUCUCUUCUGACCACGCCAUGACGAAGAGCGGUUCCAAGGUCGAACGCACCCGCACCUUCACAGGCUGCCGCACAUGUCGCAGCCGUCAUGCCAAGUGUGACGAGGCCCGUCCCCAAUGCGGCACUUGUCAGCGGCUCGGCCUGGAUUGCGGCGGAUACGGGGCCCGGCUGUUCUGGAUCACGGAUGAUUCGGCCCUCCGCCCGGAGCAGCAGCUGUCGCACCGAGGGUCGCAGUUCCGAUAUCCACUCUUCACCGAGGCCCACCGCCGGCUGAUGAGCGCUGAGCUGUCUGAUAGUCUGGGCCGCCAGUCGGCAAUGGACCUGUUGGCGGACAUCGACUCGGCCUGUGAGAAGAUUGAAGACGACAAAAACAGCCUGUCAAGCCUGGUCAAGGGCCCAUUUGGUGUUUUCCAGUCCCAAGAUGAACCAGUUUCCACCUCCCCACUCUCCCAUUCAUCCAUCUCUACCUACUUGGUUGGUGUGGACUCAGACCUCAGCGUAUGUCCAGACACCAACGAUCUCAUCGAAGAGAUCCAUCGCCAGGACUGGACCGAUCAACUCAACGAAGCCAACUUUGACCUGUUUGUCGGUUCUCUCGACCCGACCCUGGGUCUUGAGCAUGACGGCCACAGUCCUGGCCAGCUACUCAUAUCGGACCCCUCCAUGAACAACUUCUUCUUGGAGAACCCGCCCGCAGUUGAAGGCUUGUCACUAUUCAGUCCUAGCUUUGUCUCUCGCGCUAUUGAGAGUGGUGCCAUGACCGCUGAUACAGUUCACGAUGAAUCCUCGACACCGAGUAUAGAUAUUGCACCAUCCCCAGGCCCACCUCCAGGUCUCUUACAACCCGCACUAAACCUUCCCGAGCAUGCUGAACCACUGCUCCGCUACUAUAAACAGCAUAUCGACGGAGCCACUGCUUCCAUGCAAACCAAGCGCAAAUCCCCUUGGCAGCUGAUUUUCCUCCCCUGUGCCCUCGAGACCUUUGCCGAGCUCUCACUCUGGAACGGCACCUCCCACACGCGCUCCACCAUCCUCUAUACCCUCCUCGCCCACAGCGCGUUUCAACUCCACAUGACGAAUAAGCCGGGCUCCUUUGCCAAUCACUGGCGGGAAGUAGGCGAGCGCCAUCAGGAAAAGGCCCAGCAGCACCUGCGCAACGCGCUGCAGGUUGAAAUGUUUGGGCCCAAGCAAGCCAAGUAUAAAGAACUUCUCAUGGCCAUCCUUGCCAUGGCAAUGACCUCGCUGUACAAUGGUGGACAUGCGUUCCGCAUCUUUCUCCUCGACGCCGAGAGAUUGAUCCGCUUGCGUGGAUUGGUCAAUGCAAAUCCCUACAAAAUUCGACUACUCCAUCACAUGUACACACAUCUACGCGUUAUUGCUGAAAGUGUCUCCAUCUGCCCAGAGAGCCUCAUGAAUGGUCCUAUUCAGAACUCCCAAACGGCAGUGGAUGUUCGGACAUUCCGACUCGCCGAGGAUUCUCUCAACAUCGGUCUUGAUCCAGCCCAGGAGAAGAGUCUCGAACUCGGUUACAAAGACAUCCAUCUGGAAAUCCAGGGGCAUUGGAAAGAGACGCUGUAUCCAGUCAUUUACGGCAUCCCCGAGUCCCUUAUGACGCUACUGUCUCAAACAAUUUAUGUGGCCAACGAAAAGAAGCGGCUAGAAUCCCUGGCUCGCUGCAAUCCAAAGCUCUCUGUCGACUUGGCACACCACGUCAAGACGCUAGAAACAAGCAUUUGGUCUUGGUCUUUAGUCUCUCUCGGGCCACCACGACCGCCACAUUUACUUUCCGAAGGCGGAGAACUAAUAGACCAUCCGCAUGCAAGGUCCAUGGCUCUCGCCAUCCACCAAGCCCUCGUCAUUUAUUUCUACCGACGUGUAUAUGAUAUAAACGCCAUGAUACUCCAGGACAUGGUGAAAAAGACUCUGGACUUCCUCGAGCCGUGCAUGGAGCAGAUGAUCGAUGACCAGGAUUUCGCGGCGAGCCUCGCGUGGCCCGCGUUCAUUGCUGCAUGCGAAGCUGCGACGCCUGAGCUUCAAGAACAGGCACUCAAGUGUUUGACGGCAACUGACGAGCGAGGUCUGUUCUUCACCCCGAAGCCGGCGAAGCAGAUUGUUUCCUCAAUAUGGGAGAAACGGAAGCAGACGGGAGAUUGGACCCUGAGUUGGCCUGCUGUUCUUGUCGAUUGUUAAAUGAAGCUUAAUUCGUUGGAGGUAUGGAUAUGGCGUUGAUACAGGCGCAUUGGCUGUAAAAGUAUUUUGGGCUAGGAGGAAUGCUGUUCCCACACAUGAGAGGAUCGACCGCUACAUCGAGCCAAUUACGCUGCACACUUAUUUAUUCUCCACCUGCCCGUAUCAGGUGUAUGCGUAAGUGGUACUUAACAGUGGACAAACUUGUAAAUAUUACCGUAAAGAAGACUGCCAUCAUAUACAACCAGG